UAAACUAAGGUCUAGGUCAACCAGACCAUUAAGUAGUUUAUAAAUAUCAUUGACUCCACAUUCAAAUGGAAUAUUAUGAAACUCAAGGGAAAGAAAAUCAAAAGAGAAAGAAUGGAUUUGAAAUGAGUAGGAGAAGAAGCUCUCAUGGAUUUGACCCAGGAAUCACCAUUGAAGUCAAGGUCUUUGAGAAGUUGUCUCUCACACAUUGGAAUGAAUAUGCUACAUCUUAGCAUGUCCGGUCUUAAUUUUAAGCUCAGAAAAAUGGAUUACCCUAAUUCGAACAAAAUUGGGAGCGGCGUAGUUUGUGGCUGCAUCUUUUUUCUUUUCAGUGCCUGCCUUUUGUUUUUAUGUCCUCGAUUUUGGGUUGUAUCCCAAGAAAAUCAGGAAGUCUCUAAUGGGUUGCCUCUAAAAUUCUUUCCUGUGAACACAAAACACAAAACAAUCCCUGUUUCUUCAGAUCUCAAUAUGGUAUUCGAUGUCGCCUCGAUCCGUGUCCCAUCAAAUGUAUGGAGUUUGACUAAAGAUGAUCAGUAAAGUGAAAGGCGAUAUGUGGUAUGUGGGAGCAUGAGGGAAGUUGGGAAUCCUGGGAUAGGAACGCUAAGUAAUUGGUUUAGGAUUGAUAAGGCUAGAAAUCUGGUGUAGUUUUAGUAGAUGAAAUUGAAAGAGUAAAUC